UGUUAUUUGUGAGGACUGGGGAUCAGCAACCUUAAAAACUGCCACAUCUGUUGAUGAGAGUUGUUUUCUUAUGGAUAUUUCUUCCCUCAGAGGGUUAACUGAUCUGGAAAUAAUGGAAGAUCCUACCUAUCUUCAUCAGUGGCAUUUGAGCUCUAUUGAUGAGCCUACUUUACUUCCGAUUGCUGCUGCUUUUGGAGAGACUUUACAGCAACAUUCAUUCUCUCAUCCCAGUUUCAACCCCAAAACUUCCAUGGAAACUUCACUUUCUAACAUUGACAGACCUACAAAACAUCUCAAGAACAAUAGCUGGUGUCCAACUAAAACUCCAUCCGAGGCACAAUUUGCUUCUUGCUCAACUCUUCUUUCAUUUGUGGAUCCCAAUUAUAUAAACCAGUUGGAAGUGGUGAAGUCUAAGGAUGAGAUGGUUUGUCCUAAAAUGAAUGACACAACUCCUAAAGACAUGAACUUUCAAGGAACAUUAGGAAAUCAAUAUGUGUUCGAGGCUAGUCAGGCGACUAAGCAUGUAGGGCCACGUUCUAGACUUUCUCAACCUCAAGACCACAUAAUAGCCGAAAGGAAGCGUCGAGAGAAGCUCAGCCAGCGGUUCAUUGCUCUAUCUGCCCUUGUUCCUGGACUACAGAAGACAGACAAAGCUUCUGUUCUUGGAGAUGCUAUCAAAUACUUAAAGCAAUUGCAAGAGAAGGUGAAGGCUCUUGAGGAAGAACAGAACAUGAGAAAAGCGGUGGAAUCUGUAGUAUUUGUGAAAAAAUCUCAAUUAUCCAAUGAUGCAGAAGACGCUUCUUUAGAAUAUGAGGGUAUCUUCCAUGAGGCAUUACCUGAAAUUGAAGCAAGAUUCUGUGAUAUAAAUGUUCUCAUAAGAAUCCACUGCGAGAAGAAAAGAGGAGUUGUAGAAAAAUCAAUCAAUCAAAUUGAGAAACUCCAUCUAAAAGUUACCAAUAGCAGUGCCAUGACAUUUGGGAGCUGGGCCUUAGAUAUAACUAUUAUUGCUCAGAUGGAAAAGGGAUUUUGCAUGACAGUGAAGGAGCUUGCGAGAAACCUGCGCUCAACUUUUGCAUCUAUCAUUUGAAGAAGUUCCAUUUGUCUAAAUCAAGCAGAAUCCGUCACCACUCAAAAGUAUAAGAAUAAAUAAUAGGAUUUACUGUCUAGUGUCAACUAUAUAUACACAUAGCAGUUUAUGUUACUUCAUUUAUGUUCAUGCUUGCAACUUGCAAAGCCUGUAAUGUCUGCCACCUUAACCAAACCAUUAUUUACCUCAAGCAUGCUACAUUGCCACCAGUGGUUCAUUUUGCAUGAGGGGCUUUUCUGUCAACAUAUACUUUUUGCAUGAUCAACAAGUUGAUCAUGUUACUUCCACGGUUCCACCCCAUCAUGUUUCUACAGUGGCUUGUACAGCUUGCUAGGCAUUUUUUGGCAUCAGGUUGAAAAGUUCAACCCCAUCUGUUUCUACUUUCUAGCACAGUUCUUCUUCUACUUGAAGUAAAUCUUUAGAAAAAGGAUCAUUGGUUUCUUUUUUGGGUGGUCUCGACAAACAGGUCUUUUGUUGCAUUCUUGUAAGUUUAUUUCUGUUAAAU